CCCCGUCCUUCCCCGUCCUUACGUAAACUCGGUCUCAGCCGCCUUAUUCAGAUCCAUAGAUGCGCCUGAAAGAAAGGUCCAAACCCACAUUGUGCAUGAAGCACCCGCUUUCUAUUUGUGAAUGAUCAACCAAUCUGCCUAUUCGAUAUCUUAAAGCUUGUUUCACACUUGGUGCAGCACCUUCUGCGCUCUAUUCAAGCUUCGCCGGGCCAAUCUCUACUGCGAAUAUAUAUCUCAUUCCUGGGCUUUUCUUGGGACCUCAAACUUGACUCUUCUAUCAGAGAUCCAUAUUUCUAUCUUUUUUUGCAAACCAAAAAAAAAGUGAUAAUUUACCCCUGAGUCUGUUUGUGGAUACGUCCUAUGGCGAACAGGUCUUAAACUGUUACAUAGGCCUCAGCUUAUCCCCUGAGUUGGUAAUUCCUCAUCUAACCGAGGUCUUACGCUCUGACUAUAAUCCGGAGAAGAUCAACUUUAAAGUCGCGUUCAGAUUUCAAUCUUCAUACUGGCAGGCUGCUUUCCGAGCCAUCCCUUUCGAAGGUAAAGAGAAUAUAGAUCCGAGAGCCAGUACAAUUACUAUCGUGGCACCUGAUAUCUUAGACAACCAAAAACCACUGCCAAACCAAGGCUCCAAGCUAUUCUCAUUAUCUCAUUAUGGACACAUUACUUACUGCGGAUAUCGCCGCGAAUGCCCCGAGGUACCGGCGUAAGAGCAGCACCUUUAUCGACGGCAUUCACGAUGUCCCGGAAGAUGGUGAUAGGGCUCCGGCCCAGCUGUACAGUACUAUGUCAGGAAGGCUUUUCCACUCUGGCCGUAUCGCUAUUGUCAUGGUGGGACUUCCUGCUCGAGGCAAGACUCAUAUUGCUGUCUCAUUAGCACGAUAUCUACAAUGGUUAGGUGUUAAGACACGGAUUUUUCACCUCGGCGACUAUCGUCGAGCUACCGUCGGUCAAGGUGGCCAUGUGCCCGAAGACUAUUUCUAUCCAAACGCCUCGCCAGCUUCAAUCGUCUUACGCCAGAAAAUUCUCAAGAAGUGUCGUGAAGAUAUUUACGGCUGGCUCAACCACGAAAAUGGCCAAGUAGCGAUAUAUGACGCAGUGAACCCUACUGCAAGUGGUCGUCGCUCACUAGCCAAAGAAUUUGCGAAGCAUGACGUUCAGACCUUGUUCUUAGAAUCUUAUGUUGACGAUGACAACCUCCUUCGAGAGAACGCACGUAAUGUCAAAAUUGGAUCCCCCGAUUUUGCCAACAUGGACCCUGACGAGGCUGCUAAGUUAUACCUCACGCGCAUGGAGACCAAGAUACCGACAUUCGAGACUAUGGACGAAAAAGAGCUUAACUACAUCAAAAUGAUUAAUGCAGGCCAGAAAUUCUUCUACAACAACGUAUCCUUCAAUUAUCUCUCGCACCGCAUUGUCUUCUACCUAACCAACACUCACAUCAAGUCUCGAGCAACAUUCUUCGUUCGACCUGGUACUGCCACGGAAGAGGAAAGUUAUAAAGCAGAUCCGCCAUUAUCCGGAGAGGGUGAGAAAUAUGCUAGAGUAAUGACAGAGACGGUGAUCAAGCACCGCGAACAAGAACGAGCUUCACGGAUUGCAGAAGGAGGGUCUGAUAUGCCGUUGCGCCCGCUGGCAGUAUGGUGUUCAACACGUAUGCGCACAAUGCAAACAGCGGAUGUCUUUCAGGAGCUCGGAUACAAAGUUCGCCAACGAAGUCAGAUGGCCCAAAUCAACCCAGGAGUCUGUGAAAGGCUAAGUGAACGCGCUAUUCGCCGUCUCUACCCCGAGGAAGUAGAUAAGCAUGAACUCGAUCCUUAUCACCACCGCUAUCCGCGCGCCGAGUCCUACCACGACCUCGCUGUACGACUCGAACCAAUUAUUCUAGAACUCGAACGUGAGCAGAACGACUUACUGAUCAUCGCUCAUGAGAGCGUACUACGAGUCCUCUAUGCAUAUCUUAUGCAUUGCAGCACUAUGGACAUUCCUAAUCUCAAAUUCCCACGGAACGAAAUUAUCGAGGUCAUCCCAGGCGCGUACCAGAAUGAUGCUAAACGUAUUCAUAUCCCAGGUCUUGACCCCAAGACUGUCCCUGGCUCUCCUGAGGAUAUACGGAUUCCCGUGCCAGACAGUGAUGUUAAUACUCUAGCACCGCUUCCAGGUGGAGGCCUCUCCGCGCCUGCGGUACCGCCUAAUACUAUCGAAAAGCCACCCGAGAAAGUAGUCAAUACGGCGGCCGAAGCGGUGAUGGACAAGAUCACAGAUGAAGAUUAAGUCGUGUUAAAAUCUAGCAUAGGUGCUCAUAGAAAUACCAAGCAGGUCAUACCAAUGUAUCAGGCUACUUUAAUCUUCAGCAUAAUCAUAAAUAGAGUUAUGGUGGGAUACGUAUUUAUGAAGAGGAUAACUAUACGAUUCCUUGAAUACGGGAUGCGGCUCUAACAUCGCCGUAGAUAGGAUAGCAUGGAGGAGACAUAUUGGUAAUCUUCAGAGGGGAAAAAAGGCCACCGGUUCGCGUCGGUAUCAAAGUUUCACACAAGACUCGUCGCGAAAAUUGGCCAUUUAAUGCUGUACUAAAUGUCAAUCAAGUAAUCGUAGAAAACACGGUGAUAAUGAGAGUCUACGUGUUAGUGUGGAUUCUUCAGAGCUUGUGACUAUUCCAGCAAUGUUAACCACAUGAUAAUCCUGAGUCAGAGAGUAAGUAAUGCUAAAACUAGUGUUUAUCAAAAGGCAAUCUUAACUGUAUGACUUAACCUAACAGAUAUCUACCUAGAUAUUUAUCCGGGUAAAUUAAGCGAAUAUAUGGG